AUGGACGAACAGCCCGGCGGUGGCGAGCUUGGCGACGGUGGUGGCGGGGGGUGCACCCGGGAAUCGAAAUCUAUGGAGGAUGACGAGAAGGAACCGGUGUGGCUUGACAAGUCGCACGAAUCCCUCCACAGCAUGGGCAAGCGCCGCCUGGUGGACGGCGGGCCUGAUUCCCUGAGAUACUCCUUACGGGCCUUGGAGCGAGGAGAGUAUGAACCAUACGAAAGCUUUACCCAGGCCUUGCUUGCGGCUUUCACCAGGAUUGCCUCGCCGUCGCGGUCCCAGCUUGGCCUGCUCUUCCAUUGCCUGCGGCAGACCGACAAGGACGGCAAUGGGAUCAACGCCGUCGAUGUUCCCGAUAGCGCGGACCACUUUCACAGGGAUAUGCGGGCUCGCUCUCCCCUGUUUCCUGUCUACGGGCAGGACUUCCGGGAGAAAGGCAGCGGCGGGGCUGCAACUUCGGGGGUCGAGGACGCGAGCGACGGUCCCACCAGGCUGGCAGUGUCGAUCCCUGCCGGUGUUAUGAUCCAGCGGAUGCUCGACUCCCCCGGGUUCGUCGAAAAGCUGUUGGCCAACACGUCUAGGCAUACGUUAUCGGAGUCAGACAGGGUCAACGGAAGGGUGCCCGACGCCCAUGUCAUGCCGAUUCCUACGCGCAGAACAGAUGGGGUUCGACAGGGUGCAAUGUACGGCGAUAUUGCCGCUAGUUCGUCCAUCUUUGGAAUCGACUCGAUCAUGGUAGGGCAGGGCGACAAGGAAGACCGUGUGGUGGUGGGUGACACUGUUAUGGUGGUUGACCUGCCGGGACAGGUGGAAGGGGCCGGUGCACUGCCCUGCCGGCUCGAGUCGUUGGUCUGGAGCAAGGAUUGCGACAUCGCCGGUGGUGGUGGCAACGACCGCAUCGUAGCACGCGUUCAGCGCUGUUUGCUGAACAAUGCUCUCUCCGCGGAGAUGAAGGUAGAGGAGGAUGCCCCCGGUACCAAGACCGGCGUGUGGGAGGUCACGAAUGACGGAGUGGAUCUGGACACCUCGAAGUUGGUGGGGAGGUGUGAGGUCGUGGGUUCCGACGACGUACACACGGGCGAGGACGGCAGCGCGUUGCCAAGUUUCAGGGGGGUUGGUUUUGUCAAGAGGCUUCGGAGUGGGCGGCACACACCCCUGCCUUCACCAGACCCUGCAGUCAAGCAUCUUCCCUGGAGACCAGAGGGGGCAGAGCGCCUCUUUUACGAUCGACGACAGAACGGAAGCCAUUGGAACAAUGACAAGGAGCGCAGAGUGUUCUUGACGCCGGCCCAUCUGUUCACGGACGCCUUCGACUUUCGCAACCAGGGAGGGGUAUCCUACCCCAUCAAAGCUACGCUGCUCAGCCCUUUCGCGUCGACCUCUCAAGCUUUUCGUCGUCAGCCUGGGGCAUGGCCGUUAGUCGGGCUUUCGGCGCCUAGGGUGAGGUGGCAGGACGAUCUGGGCUUCAUUUUGGAGGUUAUCAGCGUUCUGCAGAAGGGGUGCCGGGCAAGGCUCGCGAUUGCGGACAAGGUCGAAGAGGACCUAGCCGAUGGAAACUACGACAUCGUGCGCAACCGCCGCACCGAUGAUCAGACCGAGUACGCCCUUAAGGUGAUCAGCACGGCCACCACCGGGACACAACGGCAGGCGCUUUCGUCUAAACACGGUGUGACCCCGCAAGAGGUAGAGAACCCUUUCCGAAAGCACGUGCACUUGAACAUGGUGCGGACGUUCGGGAUAGACGUGUUUCACCAGGACGCCCAGAAUUCCCUUCUGAAAAUCUUUAAGCGCCUCUUGGGCGGUCUCUCGAAAGCGAAGGGCGUGCCCCUCCUCUCGUGUCUAGCGAAAGAUCCUUCUCUGCGAGUCGCCGGCACACCACCGCUCAGGGACUUCGUGAGCGAUGGCGGGUUCUCCGCUCUGUCUGGGAUGGAUGUCUGGAGACUGUCGAGUGUAGCCCUCCUCGUCUUCCGCCCGGUCUUGAGGAGCGUGGCGUCGAUGAAACGCCUCACGACCGCGCCAUUCCGCAACGACAUCCGGGCGGAGCUGGGGGCGACAACAGACACCGUGGUAACAGACACCGAGGUGAUGGAGAAACUACGGGCCCUACUGCUCGCCUCCUCCAAGGCGACGCACUUGUUGCGCUCGAGCUCCUUCAACGACGAGACCGUGGCAUCCAUCGAUAGGUUACAGCGAGAGAAGGUGUCCCUCAUGAGCAUGCUAGGGGACAAGCACGGUGGGCGGCUGUGCAGCAAUCACCAGGGACUCCACUUCGCCAAGAACGCAACCGACUACGGAGAGCUCUCGGACUGCCACGCGGGCGAGUCCAGGCACAAGUCGUUCAAGAGCUGCGCGAAGACGGCGAGUGGCCGAGACAACGAGGAACACAUCGUUCGCCGCGAGAAUGAUGCCAUGGCUGCCGAGGCCAUGGCGGAAGGAGUGAGGUGGACGGCUUGGGGCUACGACAAGACCAAGCGGGGGUGGGUGAAGAAGACCGUGCAGGCUAGUCCGGCCUGUCGUGAGCUUCUCCGGACCAUCUCCGAGUGGGAGAUCGGGGCCCGCCGGCACGGCACCGGGAGACCCCGGGGAAUCGUUGAGUGGAACGUCCGUCUCGGGCGGCAGGCUGCGGCCCCGAGCGCACAGGGGUGGCAGGAGACGAUUGGAGCCCUCCUCCGGCGAACGGGACCGGGCGGGCUGGAUCUCCUCGACCUCUACAAGGCAUGGUUCUCGUGCGGCAGGGAGACGAGCAACCCCAACAUGAACCGAUGGCGGGAGAGGGAGGAGGAGGAGACAUGA